AAAAUGUCGGGCCGUGGAAAAGGAGGCAAGGGUUUGGGCAAGGGAGGAGCGAAGCGACACCGUAAGGUUCUCCGAGAUAAUAUUCAAGGUAUUACGAAGCCUGCAAUUCGGCGUUUGGCUCGUAGGGGUGGAGUGAAGCGCAUCAGUGGGCUGAUCUAUGAGGAGACACGUGGCGUUCUGAAGAUAUUCUUGGAAAAUGUGAUCCGUGAUGCCGUUACAUACACAGAGCACGCCAGGAGGAAAACGGUAACUGCCAUGGAUGUGGUGUAUGCGCUGAAGAGGCAGGGCAGGACUCUCUAUGGAUUCGGGGGUUAAGUUGUUCUAAUCGUUUUAUGUAGAGAGACAAGUCUUGCUGUCAAGAAGUUUAUGACUGUGUUUUUAGGUUUAGGGUUAGGGUUAGGGUUAUAUUUCUGUAGUUCAUUCUCUGAUUUGCAAGUUAAAUGGUUUUUAUACACUUCCUGUGGAAUUGGUGUGGCAAUCAUGAAUCAAUGAUGUAUUUCAGUUAAAA